CUUGUUGUAUUCGCCCCACCCCACGCGCUGGGAUGGGCUCAUUGAUUGCUGCAGCCAGGCCAGGCCAGGCCAUAGCGUGCAUAACUGUUUCACUGUACAUCUUGUCCAGAAAACCCGACUUCCUCCACCUGGAAAAAGAAAGACCGCCGCGUAAAACGUCAUUAUAAACAGCUGAAGUGGAAUCGUUUCUACGCAUGUUUUGUGUUUCUGCAGUGUGAUGCAUGCCAGAGGCCCCCAUGUCUCCUGUUUGUGUCUCCCAGUUAAGCAUUAUAAACUGGGGCAUUUCGGGGACCUAUUUCAGCAGCAUGCUCCAGUUUGGGGGGAUCUCGGCUCGCAUACACAAGGACAGGCUGAAGGCAGAAGGCAUGGGCACCAACGAGAGGGCUCUGAAACUUUUCAACCAGGACUAUGAAGCCCUUAAACAGGAGUGUCUGGAGAGCGGCACCCUGUUUGAGGACCCCCACUUCCCAGCCCAAGCUCCCUCCCUGGGGUUCAAGGAGCUGGGGGCACAUUCUUCCAAAACUCGGGGGGUGGUGUGGCAGAGACCCACGGAGUUCACAGAUGAUCCCCAGUUCAUUGUUGGAGGUGCUACAAGGACUGACAUCUGCCAGGGGGCCCUUGGUGACUGCUGGCUCCUGGCUGCCAUCGGCUCCCUCACUCUCAAUGAGAGGCUGCUGCAUCGAGUUGUUCCUCAUGGGCAGUCCUUCCAGGAAGACUACGCUGGAAUAUUCCACUUUCAGUUCUGGCAGUUUGGAGAGUGGGUGGAUGUUGUUGUUGAUGACAGGCUGCCCAUUAAGGACGGGGAGCUGGUCUUUGUCCACUCUGCAGAAGGAAACGAGUUCUGGAGCGCCUUGAUUGAGAAAGCUUAUGCCAAGUUGAACGGCUCGUAUGAGGCGCUCUCUGGCGGCAGCACGACCGAGGGGUUUGAGGACUUCACUGGGGGCGUGUCAGAGAUGUACGAGCUGCGCCAGGCUCCCAAGAACCUGUACAAAAUCAUCCAGAAGGCUCUGGAGAGGGGUUCUCUGCUCGGCUGCUCCAUCGAUAUCACAAGUGCCUUUGACAUGGAAUCAGUGACGUUUAAGAAGCUGGUAAAAGGUCAUGCGUACUCUGUGACUGGACUGAAAGAGGUAGGUUACCGGGGGCGCACAGAGCGUCUGAUCCGCAUCAGGAACCCCUGGGGUCAGGUGGAGUGGACUGGAGCCUGGAGCGACAGUUCCUCAGAGUGGAAUGAAGUCGAUCCUUCUCAUAAGGAGGAGCUUCAAUUAAGAAUGGAAGAUGGGGAGUUCUGGAUGGCCUUCAGUGAGUUCCUGAGGCAGUUCUCUCGACUGGAGAUCUGUAACCUGACCCCCGACGCCCUGAGUGAGGACAGCCUGAGCUUCUGGAACACAGUCAAGUACGACGGCAGCUGGCGGCGCGGGAGCUCCGCGGGAGGAUGCAGGAACCACCCGAACACGUUCUGGAUCAACCCGCAGUUUAAGAUCACCCUGCUGGAGGAGGAUGAUGACCCCGAUGACAACGAACUCGCCUGCAGCUUCCUGGUUGCCUUGAUGCAGAAGGACAGGCGGCAGUACCGGCGGCACGGCCAGGACAUGCACACCAUUGGCUUUGCCAUUUACGAGGUUCCAGAUGAGUACAAGGGUUGCCAGAACGUGCACCUGAAGAAGGAUUUCUUCCUGAAGCACUCCUCGUGUGCUCGCUCUGAGACCUUCAUUAACCUGCGGGAGGUGAGCUCUCGACUGCACCUGCCUCCGGGGGAGUACAUCAUCGUCCCCUCCACCUUCGAUCCCAACAAGGAGGCCGACUUCGUCCUGAGAGUCUUCACAGAGAAGCAGUCAGACACCCAAGAGCUAGAUGAUGAAAUCGGUGCUGAUCUAGAAGAUGAGGAGGAGAUCUCAGAAGAUGAUGUCGAUGAUUCCUUCAAGGUCAUGUUCCAGCAGUUAGCUGGAGAGGACAUGGAGAUCAGUGUUCAUGAGCUCAGGACCAUCCUUAACAGAGUGGUGAGUCGACAUAAGGACCUCAGAACUGACGGAUUCAGUAUGGAGUCCUGUAGGAGCAUGGUCAACCUCUUGGAUAAAGAUGGCAGUGCUCGUCUAGGAUUGAUGGAAUUCCAGAUUCUGUGGAAUAAGAUCAGAAAGUGGCUGACCAUCUUUAGGCAGUACGAUCUUGACAGAUCAGGAACCAUGAGUGCUUACGAGAUGCGCCUUGCUCUUGAAUCAGCAGGUUUCAAACUCAAUAACAAAUUAAACCAGGUUCUUGUUGCAAGAUAUGCGGACAAUGAAAUGAUUGAUUUCGAUAACUUCAUCUGCUGCCUGGUCAAACUGGAAGUCAUGUUCCGAUCCUUUCAGCAGCUGGACAGAGAUGAAAGUGGCACUGUUGAGCUGAAUCUAACUGAGUGGCUGCUGAUGACACUGUGUGGAUAAAGAUGGAAUUAGCCACUCAAGAGACAUCAAGGGCCUGUGCAUCCUGCAAGUGCCUCCCACCUAUAUAUCACAUAAUACCCUUUAAACCUCCCGUAACCUUGCUAUUAUCCCAAAGCAAUACGCCUGCAACAUCCAGAAAGGAUUUUAUGCCAGCCAUGGUCUUCUAUUUUGUAUGCACCAUUCAGGGCAAGAUGAUACUGAACCAUAAUUUCACCAUUUAGUGAAGGUUAAUACUAUCUUUGCAUAGAUACACAAUAAACACACAACCAUACUAGCAAGCUGGUGUUAAUAAAAUUGUGUUGUCUUGCAUAAGGCAUGGAUAUUGAAACCAUGCAGUCUAGUUAUGAAAGAUUAACUUAUUUUGUUUCCCACAUUUAAUCAUGUACUGGUAAAACUCAAGUGUCAGGUGGUCUGAUUUUCUUUACAGGCUGAGACUGGAAGCAUCCAGCAGGUGGCAGCAUCCACAUGUUUGUUUCUUUGAUAUGCUACCGCAUCCUUUUUGAAUCGGUGUUUUAUAGGCCUGCCCCAGGUAACAGCAGAACUUUAGAUGUGUCUCCUGAAAAAAAUAAAAAUCCUUCCCAAGCGCAACUAAUAUAUCCAGUUUGAGUUAGAAAUAUCUAAUAAGCAGCAUGGCUAUUAAAUGACCUUCUCAGGUGUUAGAUAUGCAUUGUACAAACUGAACUCUAGAUAAGGACAGUUCUUAUGCUGCUGUAGGCACAACUAUACAUGGCUGACAGGCGUGCUUACUAUUUUUCUAUCACUGCAAAUUUUACUGUUCCAGAGACUACAAAAUAGAGACGGUUGGAUGUUGGUCUGACAGGGAAAGUGGUCAAGCAGCUUGCUAAUGUAGCCAACAAGUUAAACAGCGGUCUGAUGGGCAUGCAGUUGUAGAUUAUUAAGUCCCUUAAUAAUAAUUGAAAUUAAUUUCUUCUAACUGAUGUUGGUGUAUUCUACUUCACAGUAGUUAAAAAGGCAACCUUUUAUUAGUGUGGAUUUCUUGAAGGUAGUAUGUUGAGUAGAAGACCAUGAUUUUUUAAAUGUUGUUAUUAUUAUUAUUAUUAUUAUUAUUAUUAUUAUUAUUAUUAUAGAUCUUUUUUAUUGUUUGCCAUUUUCCAUACCAGUUCUAUAAUGAAAAUGAAUAGGUAUGGUUACUGAAGAGUGCUUUAAAACGUUGGGCUGAUUCCUUUUGUACUGCAUUACUGCUAUGAGAAAUGUCUAUUCAAUAAAGGACCAAAUAAAAACA